AUGUUGUCUUGACAGGUUUUGAAGCUUUUCAAAUUGUUACACAGAACCCGACAAGAAGUUUUUAAAAAUGAUACCAGAGCUCUGGAAGCUGCAAGACAAAAGAUAAAUGAAGAAUUCAGAAAUAAUCAAGAUGAGACAUCUGAAGAGAAGAUAACUGAGCUUCUGAAAAUAGCUUCAGAUGUUGAAGUGAUUCUCAGAACUUCUGUUAUUCAGGCAGUUCACACAGAUACCGACAAAAUAU